UUUACGCAGGCCUCAGGACAGGAUCACACAUUUUUUCGAGGUCGGUUUAGAAUGUGAAAAUAAUUUCUUACUGGAAGUGCAUUCCUUUUGCCUUGAUUCGGUUGUAAAUUUAACGGUUCAAUUGAGAUCAUGGAAAAGCGUUUGAACUUGAGGCGUAAUUUGUUUUAGAAUCUUCUCUAACAUCGUAUCAAAUACCAGCAGCUCGACGAACUGUUGAAACGGUGUAACUAUUGGGUGGACCUUUCCGCAGCUCAGACAAAAGGAUGGUCACGACGAAGUCUGCGGAUACAGAGAAAGAACGGCUUACAAAGAAAAUGUGUUCAAACAACGGUAUGAGUGGAAGUGGAUCUGGAGGUGGCGGUUCCGGACCGUUGGUUAGUUUUAGUGCUGGAACCACUCACCACACGGCACACAGCCAGGACGCCCCUAACAUACUGGUCUACAAAAAGAUGGAAUCCAUCAUUGAGAAAAUGCAAGCGGAAGGGACAGGGGUAUCGGUUCGCACGGUGAAAGCCUUUAUGAGUAAGGUCCCUUCGGUGUUCACGGGAGCCGAUCUUGUUACUUGGAUAAUGCAGAACCUAACGGUGGAUGAUGUGACGGAAGCUUUGCAUCUGGCUCACCUUCUUGCGUCUCAUGGUUAUCUUUUUCCAAUCGACGACCAUCAACUCACCGUAAAAAAUGAUGGGACAUUCUACCGCUUUCAAACACCAUAUUUCUGGCCCUCUAACUUUUGGGAACCGGAAAAUACUGACUAUGCCAUUUAUCUCUGUAAACGUACUAUGCAAAAUAAAACUCGGCUUGAGCUGGCAGAUUACGAGGCGGAAAAUUUGGCGAAAUUGCAAAAAAUGUUUUCUCGGAAAUGGGAAUUUAUAUUCAUGCAAGCUGAAGCGCAGAGCAAGGUGGACAAAAAGCGAGACAAACUAGAGCGCAAAGUACUUGAUUCGCAGGAGCGAGCCUUCUGGGAUGUACAUCGUCCCAUGCCCGGCUGUGUCAACACAACCGAAAUGGACAUCAAGAAGGCCUACCGGCGAGGUGCCUCGAGUUUGGGAUCAGGAUCCGCUGGUACUGCAGCCAAUAGCAAUCCGACUGAGACGAUGAACAAGACAAUCAAUUUACUAAAGCAACGACUGGAACGGCGGACGAUUAAGGUAUCUAAGGUGGCCGAAACUUAUGUAUCCUACUUUGAACAAUACAGCGAGUUUGAUUAUUUUUUGGCUGCGCCUGAGUAUCCCAAUCCAUGGCAAUCAGACAGCACUGAACUGUGGGACUCCGAAAAGCAAGGCAAAGACAUCCCCAUGAAAAGAGUUAAACGCUGGGGAUUUAGUUUACGAGAACUUCUAAAUGAUCCGGUUGGACGUGAACAAUUUACUAAAUUUCUUGAUAAAGAGUUCAGUGGUGAAAAUUUAAAGUUUUGGGAAGCAAUUCAGGAUAUGAAAGCUCAACCGCAGUCGAAAAUUAAGGACGCAGCGAACGCCAUCUGGAACGAGUAUCUAGCCCCGGACGCGGCCUGUCCUGUCAACAUAGACUCCAAGUCGCUAGAGAUCGCUCGUGAGGCCAUCAGCGGCGGCACGGGAAGCCAGAGUCGCUGGUGUUUCGACGUGGCUGCCGAUCAUGUGUUUUAUCUGAUGAAAUCUGACUCGUACUCGCGAUAUCUGCGCUCCGAUAUGUACAAGGAAUACCUUAAUGGCUCCAAAAAGAAGACAUCUGUACGAGGACUUCGCAUAUUUUCCGGGAGAAAAGAAACACCUGUGAUAAAUUAAAUCGAUUGCAAAAAAAAGCACGAAGACCAUCCCCAAAAAAUCAAAACAAGAAAUCAACCAAAGAUUUGCUGACAUAAAAGAACACGGCGAAAUCCAUUAAAGCGAAAAAAAUCUUUACCAGCUGGUUUAAAAUUAACCGUUUUAGAGCAGGCCAAUAUAGAUAGCGUUGAAACUUAGCAGUUAAUGUGCAUAGGGAAAUAUACCGUACCUAUCCAAGUGCAACAGAAAGCUAACAGUAACCAAGUUUCUAUGACUGUCAGAAUAGUGAUGCAUUGUACCAGUUUAGCAGCUUGGUAGAUAUAGAGCAGUGAAAUAUCAAGUUAUCAUCACAGUUAGCAUGCGACACGUUACAAGUACAUAACUUUGUAGAACUUGAAACUAACAGCCAAGGAAAACAUGUUGAAUAGUCAACAGCGGCAACCCACCAUUACUCAAACCAAUAGUGAGAUUUUAACGUUUGAACAAUUUUUGAAAACAGAAACCAUGACAGAAAACAUAUAUAUUAACAGUUCGAAUUUCCUCUUAAGAAAGAGUCCUAUCCAAAUGUUUCGCCAAAGGAAAACAAUAUUGUUCCCACUGUAAUAGUAUAGCCCUAUCUAGUUUCCAACAUUCCAACGAACACAAUCAAAUAAUCAACCCCCAACAAGACAAAAUCUUACGGUAACUUUUUCAAAAUUAAGUGCAAAUCUUUUUGAGCUUAAGACUCGACGCCCGUGCUGAUCCCGAAAUUUGGUUAGAUUCGAUCCAACAAUCUACCUAAUAAGACUUGUGACCGUUGUCAACAAAAUAAUGAUAAAUCGGAUUUAUUGUUCUUUUGCUCACCAUUAUAUUUAACUACAACCUUAAUAUUUAUUAUUUCUAGAUCAAACGCACAACAUCUUCAAGCACGAUUCGCUUUUUUUGUUCAUUCUAGCAUGUAAAACAAAAAAAACAUUACCUAUUGCUUAAUAUUUCUCUUAUAUAAUGUUACUUUAUUCAAAACUAAUAAUCAAAACCGAUUUGUCAGAAAGUUUAACAACGUCUUAAUAAAAAGGGGAAAAGUGGCUCGGAAAUUUAAAAAUUAUACCAUAUUUCGUAACAUAUGCGACAUCAAAUGCCGAUCUAGAAGAAAAUAUAUUUAUUACUUUAUCAGUAGUCACUACCGACAUUUGCGAGAAAACUAUUACAGCUUGUUUCCUAUCGUUUUAUACAGACAAAGCGCGCAAACUUAUAUUUGUGAUAUUUUGUGAUUUCAUCCUAAAUGGAAGAAUAUGGAAAUUUGUUGCAUAGGGGUAUAACAUAGGUAAUUAUCAUAAUGUAUUUACUAUAUUAGGAACAAAAAUAAACAAUCAGUCAUAGAGUAGUGUAACAAAUACGG